AUGACGUACAUAGACUGCUUCGGUGACAUGCCCGAGGAGCUGGUGAAGAUGGUGAAGGAGAGGCUGGCGGCGAAGAAUUUGGAGGCCGCGGUGGAGUUGGUGGUUGCGGCGGCCGGAGAUGACGACGAUUCUGACUCCUCCACGGGGAUCUUGUCGUCUUCCUCCGACGAGGAGUGCGGAGGAGGCAUUCACCGAGAGUGGUGA